CAGAAACAUGGAGCCCAGCAGAAACAGGCCCUCCGUGCUUGUGUAAACACUUGUACCUGCCUGCGUGUGACUCGUGUCCGGGGAGUGUGCAGCCGGGAGAGGCUGCAGGUUUCACAGCUGCAGGUUUCAGAGCCGCACAGGCCGGGCCCAGUGCUGCAGGUUGUCCUGUAGGGUGCCUGCUCGGCUACAACAAGCAUGCUGUUGAUGUGAGGUGCAGAAGAGGAGGGGAACGUGAGGAAUGGCUGAAAACUGACGGCGCUCUCCUGCGAGGAAACCGACCAGGACGCCGAUCACCGUCCCGGUAACGUCUAGCCGGACGCUUUUCCCCGCACGGCGGGACCAGCAGCCGUUGGACGGACACCGCUUCUCCCACCCCGCGCUAUCUCUCCGGGUUUGUUGCUUAUUUAAUGGGACAGAGAAAACGUAGGAAAAAAGAUCGUAAGGUAGGCUCCCGCUCGUGUCGCCAGUACUUUAUUUUCAUGGACUCAUACGACACUCGGCUCCGAAAUGUUUCCCUUCGUGGUCCAGCGCUCCUGCUCCGGGGGGCUUCUCCUCAGCUAGCUAAACGUUAGCGGGGCACAUUUUCUCCUCGGAUUUGUGAAUGUAUGAAGUGUCGGGGGGGUCGUAUUUUUGUUUUUGAGAAGCCUCGCUUCGGAGGAGGGGGGCUUCAUCGCCUCAACCGGUCGACCACAUGAGAAGCCGACGUCCGGAGUAGAUUAAACCACAAACAAAGGCCCCCCACCCCCUCAGUUUCACCUCCUCCUCGCUCCUUGGAGCUUUUUUUUUAUUUUUUAUUUUUUUUAUUUUUUUAAUUACCGCUUCCACCUGAAACCGACGGGGAGAACACAAGAUGCGUGUGGAUUUAUUUUGGGUUUGUUUGUGGUGCCUCCUUCGCCCCGGUGCCGCCGGUCAAGGACAGUCGACGGCCGUUUGCUCGCCCUCCUGCAGCUGCGAUGGAGAUGGGGGUGCGGACUGCUCCGGGAGGGGGCUGACCACCGUCCCGUCCGGGCUCAGCACUUUCACUUACUACCUUGACCUGAGCAUGAACAACAUCACCGAGCUUCCAGCAUAUGUAUUCAAAAACUUCCCCUAUCUGGAGGAACUGCGACUUGCAGGGAAUGACCUGUCAUUCAUCCACCCCGAAGCCCUGUCUGGACUCCAUCAGCUUAAAGUCCUGAUGCUGCAGAAUAACCAGCUGAAAACAGUUCCCAGUGCAGCGCUCAACAACCUUCACUCUCUCCAGUCUCUGCGCCUGGAUGCAAACCAUAUAACAAUGGUUCCUGACAACAGCUUUGAAGGCUUGCAGCAGCUGCGCCAUCUGUGGCUGGACGAUAACAACCUGACAGAAGUCCCCGUUGGAUGUCUGAGACACCAGGCGAACCUUCAGGCGCUGACGCUCGCUCUCAACCGCAUCCUGUACAUACCAGACAACGCCUUCGCAAACCUCACCAGCCUGGUCGUGCUACAUCUCCAUAACAACAGAAUCAAGGAGAUCGGAGACAAUUGUUUCGCUGGACUGGUGAACCUGGAGACACUAGAUCUUAACUUCAACAACCUGAUGGUUUUUCCCAAAGCGAUCGAGGCCCUGCCCAAACUGAAGGAACUUGGCUUUCACAGCAACGGUAUUGCUUCCAUACCGGAAGGAGCUUUCCAUAACAACCCCCUGCUGCGAACCAUACACCUCUAUGACAACCCUCUGUCGUUCGUCGGUGCCUCGGCCUUCCAGAACCUGUCGGACCUGCACUCCCUGAUGUUACGAGGGGCCAGUAUGAUGCAGGACUUCCCCAUCCUCACCCUGACCAAUAAUCUGGAGAGUCUGACCCUGUCAGGAACAAAGAUCUCCUCCAUACCUGCUGAUCUGUGUGAGGACCUCAAGUUACUGCGGACGCUAGAUCUGUCCUACAAUGAGAUCCAGCGGCUGCCUUCUCUUCAGGGCUGUGUGCGGCUGCAGGAGAUAAGCUUUCAGAACAACCACAUUAAACAAAUUGACAGGGACACUUUCCAAGGCCUCUCCGCUCUGCGUUUACUAGACUUGAGUAUAAAUGAAAUCGACGUCAUCCACCGAGACGCGUUUCUCAGCCUCACCGCGCUCACCAACCUAGAUUUGAGUAAAAACUCCCUGACUGUAAUUCCCACAUCUGGACUGAGCUCCCUCAGUCAGCUGAAACUCUCACAAAACCCACAGAUGAAAAAUGUGCUGACUGCGAAGAACCUCCCCAAACUCAGGUCCAUUUCUGUCCCGUACGCCUACCAGUGCUGCGCAUUCGUGGGCUGCGACUCAGUGACGAGUUCCUCUGAGGACAGCGACAUAAAGAAAUCCACAGGUGGCGAGGACGUGGAGAGAAUCUCGAUGAUCAUGCAUUGCUCUCCGUCCCCGGGAGCCUUUAAGCCGUGCGAGCACCUCCUGGGGAACUGGAUGAUCCGCCUGACCGUCUGGUUCAUCUGCCUGGUGUCGCUGGUCUUCAACGGCCUGGUGCUGGUCGUCACCUUCUCCCCGUCGCAGCGGGGGUCCGGCCACCCCCACGCCUCGCCCCCGGCCCUGUCCCCGCCCCGCCUGCUGAUGGGGCUGCUGGCCGCGGCCAACCUGCUGACCGGCCUGUACGUGGGCGUGCUGACGGUGCUCGACAUCGCCACGUGGGGCUCCUUCGCCGAGUUCGGCGUGUGGUGGGAGAUGGGCGCCGGCUGCCGGGUCACGGGGGCCCUGGCCGUCUUCUCGUCCGAGUGGUCCGUGCUGCUGCUGUCGCUGGCGGCCGUGGAGCGCAGCGUGGCCGUGCGCAUGAUUCUGGGGAAGGUGAUGAUGUCGCCCAGGCGGAGCGGCGGCGCCCACCGCGGGUGCCUGAGGGGGGACCGCCGUUUCAACCUGGCGGCGGGGCUGCUGGGGCUGCUGGCCGCCGCCGGGGCAGGCCUCACCCUGCUGACCUUCGGCCGGCACUCCUCGUCCCCCCUCUGCCUGCCCUUCGCCGGAGGCGAGAGCCCGGCGCUGAGCGUCACCGUCGUCCUGGUGCUGCUCAACGCGCUGGCCUACCUGUUCACCGCCGCCGUCUACACGCAGCUGUACUGCCACCUGGGCCGGGUGGAGCUGGCCGACCCCGAGCAGACCGGCGCCCUGCGGCACGUCGCCUGGCUCAUCUUCACCAACUGCAUCUUCUUCUGCCCGGUGGCGGCGUUCUCCUUCGCCCCGCUGCUCACCGGCUCCACCGCCGGAGGGCCCGAGAUCGCCAAGUCGGUGACGCUGAUCUUCUUCCCGCUGCCGGCGUGCCUGAACCCCGUGCUGUACGUCUUCUUCAGCCCGGCCUUCAGGGAGGACUGGAUGAGACUGCGCGGCCGAGGAGGCUCCGGCAGGGAGGCCAAGUCCGGCGCCGACGGCCACAGGGACGACGGCGGCAGCGGCGGGUCUGAACUGACGGACGGCGGCUCCUCCGCCCAGCUGGGCUUCGACUGCGGCGUCUACUCGCAGCUGUGCGGCGAGGCGGUGGUGUGCGAGCAGUGCGAGGCGGCGCUGCGCGCCAGGACCUGCUCCUCCCCCUCGUCCGCCGCCGCCGCCGCCUGCAGACAUUUGGUGAAGUCCCACAGCUGCCCCACCCUCCUGGCCGGGGCGCCCGUGUGCGCGCGCUCGGAAGGGUUCUGGGCCGACGGCGGCACGCCGUCGGCCCAGUCGGAGUACGCCGACGAGGGCGACUCCUUCGUGUCGGACAGCUCGGACCAGGUCCAGGCCUGCGGCAGGGCCUGCUUCUGCCAGAGCAGAGGCCUCCCCCUCGUACACUACUCAUACAACAUACCUCGAGUCAAAGACUGAAGACCACACACACACACACACCCCAAUCCCUACCCACACACAAACACACACACACACACACACACACACACACACACACCUCCGUCAUGUGAAUUCAGACGCUACGGAAACACCGGAACAUUUUUAUACGGUAACAGCAACGUGUGCCGGCCGCCCCGCCACUCAUCAAGCACUUCAUGUUGGUAACGACUGUUGACGGAGCGGCCGCCCGUCGUUUAAAGGGAACCCCGGCUUCCUCACCUCAGAGACGGUUUCUAGGUGACCGGAGCGGACGGAGUCACGGACAGACGAGCUCUCAGCCAGCGAUUCGCCUCCAGUGCCUGCCUCUCGCUUCCAGCUGGCCGUCAUGACGACGCCAGCACCCAAAACCUUUCGUGAUCCCUUAUAAGCUUUUAAAUUUCAAUUGUGUGUUUGUCUUGCUUCUCCACAGCAAACCGUUGAUUUUAUACAUUGUUUUGUUUUGUUUUUUGUUUUUUGUUUGUUUUUUUAAAACAGCAAUGUAGCAAGUGUCAUACUCGCUCUGGGGUUUCCUCAGUGAAUGUAACCUUCACCUCGCAGGCGGGAUCAACAUGAGUGAAAACCUGAGCGCUCCCUGCAAUCUGUAACACACACACACGCACACACGCACACACACACACACUUUCGCUUUAAGUUCCUCAGACUAAGAAUGUGAUAAAAGUAGCAGACAUCACUGUUUUAAUGUCAGCGAAGCUCAAGUGGGUUGGAAAGAUGUUAUUUAUUGUGUGAGCAGCAGGAGGAAGAGAAGGGAGGAAGAGUGUCCGCUCCGAGACGAGUUCAGAUGUUUGAAAAUAGAACCUUAAUAUUCAACAGAUGAGACGAUGUGUUUUCAAUAAAGCACCUCCAGUUGUUAAUUUCCUCUCUGAAAACAAAAAACACACGCAUAUGUAGGUCAUUAUUUGAAAAAUAAAUGAUAAUUUAUUGUAAUUUCAGCCUUUAUUCUCUCCAAUAGGCAAUUGACUCACUUUCCUACAUACGAACAGAUAUAGAAAAUAAAGGAAACACCAGGCAGCGCCUUGGCACAUAAAGAAAUAAAUCAGUGAAGCGAUAAAUCCUGUGAAAGUUGUCAGUUCCAUGUGAAAUGAGUUAGAUGUGUGUAGGAGCGUCGUAACAGAAGGAAUUAAACAUGUUGGUACUUUAUAUUUACUGCAGUCUGGCUUCCAUUCUGCUGUUCGAUGUUUUCAACGUUCUGUAACUCCCAACAGCUGGAUUUGCGCAAUUAUAUUUUAGCAUAGAAUUAAAAGAUUAAAAGCUAUUUUGUUAACCGACUCUUUGUUGCUCAAAUUCACAGAUCCCAAAAUAUUUCUAUUUCUUUCAGUGAAAGUUUUCGGCUUCAGUGAAACACUGGCCAACACUUCUAAACAUUUUAUGAGGAAACGAUACACAUCUUAUUUGAUACUGAAGAUAAAUAUAUGAACACAGCCGUCUUUCUCUCUUUCGCCCCGAGCUUGGUUUCUGUGAAACUGGUCACAUUCAAAGCGGUUGAGGAUGAGAAUGAAAGGAAAAGCUGCACCAAGAACAUUGAAAAAGGAAAAAAAAACACUUCUGAAGACUUCAAAUAAUUAAAGAUUUUAAAAUCGGCCAGCUUUAAAGGUGCAUUCAGGAGUUUGCACGUUUUAUGCGAAACAGCGAAACAAAAUAGUUGUUGAAUGAAUUAAGUUACUAAAAGUUUCAAAAGGAGGUAAAUUCUUUCCUCGAUAUUCUUGAUAUUGAUCAGUAUUUGCAUUGACUUUUAUUGCUCACAACAUGAGAAAAGCUGAGCAGACAUGUUGAAGUUAUUUCAAUAGAGAGAAUUAAGUCACAUUUUAGUCCAAGUGUUUAUUUUCUGUUUAGCUGACAGAAUAUAUUCAGUACGUCGAUAGUUGAAAGUGAAGCUAAAGGCAGCAGCUGCUUAGCUUGUUUCUAGAAUCUAGAUUGUAGUUUGCUGCAGGUUUUAGCUCCUUCUUUGGUUCGAAAAACAGCGAUUCCCAAUCGCCAAGAAACAAACAAGCAAUUAAAAUCAAAUCCAAGAAACUUUGAGGGACGAAUGUGUCGGGAUGAUUUAAAGCUCAUUAAACACAAUCUGGCUGUGAUUCAAACGUCUCAACGUCAAACACGUGAAUGUAACACCCCCCCCCACCCCCCCCCCCCCACCCCCACCCACUGCAGACUGGCAGCCAGCUGAGUCAAUACAAUCCUGCUCAGCUAAAGCCAGAAAGUCUGAAAUGAGUCGGCGUCAUGGAUUACUGUAGUCAUGAGAUGAGUCGCUGCAGCCCGUCCUCACGUCCUGAGAGGAGGAGAUCGGUCCAAACUCACAUGUUGCUUCAAAUCUGUUUUUUUUUUUUUUUUGUUUUGUUUUUUUAAGAAUGAGCAGAAAUGUCUUGAACUGUCUUUAAAAUGCGGUGAGACGCUUUCUGUGAGUCUGCAGCUGUCAGGUGUGUGUGUGUGUGUGUGAGAGAGAGAGAGAGCAGGGAUGGACUGAUCGCAGUGAAGGCGGAUCCGGCCUCGGAGCAUGUCUCCACAGGUCCGCACCAUGUGAGCGUUCAGGAAUUCGGGCGAUGUAGGGAAACCUUUCUCUCCUCCCACCAACACACACACACACACACACGACGACGACGACGUCCUCCUGGCAAGUUUUAAAUCUGUCCUCGCGUCUUCUCGAGCACAUGUGUGGAUUCUCGCACCAACCAAAAUGUCCGCUGAUUGUUUGAAUGUCCCGUUUGUUAAAAUGUGUACAAAAUAUUUUCAUAGUUUUUUUUGUAAAUUAUUUGAAAAAGCGUAAUCGUGAAUGGGAUGCUAACUGAGGAAGCUACCUCCUGGGCUGUCAGCUGUCUGAGAAAAAGUCUGUUUUUCUUUUCGUUGCUAAUCUCCGCCUCUUCGUUCAGCUUAAUGGCGACUCACUUCUGUCGUACAUCAGUUUAGUUUUGUGCAAAUUGUGGGAGGAAUCUUAUGUACUGUAUACUGUGAUUUAUUUUUUUUAACCAAACUAUAAACUAUGAAAAUGUUUUAUCUUUUAUAGAUACAACCUUGCAGAGUAAUCCAGAUUAUAUUAAAAAAAAGAAACAAUCUCACUUAAUUUCUGCUCUAAUUAAGUCCUGUUUGUAGUUCCUCAUGUGAGAUCUCCCCCAAGCUGUUCUUAUUCUGUUCAAGUAGAAACUUGUUAAUUUGUGAAUGAAUAAAAUUGAAAGAACA